AUGAUAGCAUGGAACUGCCGGGGUCUUGGAUCAUCCCCGGCGGUUCAAACUCUCACCGACGAGGUGAGAAAGAAGAAUCCGAUCCUGGUCUUCUUAUCGGAGACCAAAGCGAGUCUAAGCAAGAUGAAGGGGGUUCAAAACAAGAUUGAUUAUACAGAGGGGAUUGUGGUCCCUAGCGACGGUAAAAGUGGAGGAUUAGCUAUGAUCUGGAGGAAAGGAACAGAGAUAAAGCUGAAGAGUUGCUCGAAUUCGCACAUAGAUGUCGUUGUUGAAGGCGAGCAAGAUCAAGUCCCGUGGAGAGCAACCGGUUUUUAUGGCCAUCCUGAAUCGGAGAAAUUAGGAUGGCUGGAUAGGGAUGCAAAUCAGAUGUGGGAGUUUAGAGAAUGCUUAAACAAAUGUGGUUUAGUUGAUUUAGGCUUUGUGGGGCAGAGAUAUACUUGGUGUAAUGGCAGAUUGGGGGAUCAGAGAACGCUAGUCAGAUUGGACAGGGUAGUAGCGAAUGAAGCAUGGAGAUGUAUGUUUUCGGAAGCUAGUGCUCACCACUUAGCUAUGUCGGCGUCGGAUCACUGCAUGAUUGUUUUAUAUCUGCAUAGGAAAAUGCCAAGAAGACCAGCGAAACGAAGGUUUAUGUUCGAAGCAAUGUGGACCCGUGAUGAGAGGUGUAGGGAGAUUAUUGAGGAUGCCUGGGAUCCCCUCCGAGCUGAUACUAAUUUUCAAAUCCAUGAGCGUCUGAAGAGCUGCCAAGACCACUUGCAAAGGUGGAACAAGGAGGUAUUCGGUAAUGUCAACAAAACUCUGAGAGUAAAACAGCAGCAAUUGCAAGAGGUUGAGGCCCUAAAUUUGCUUCAUGAGACUGCUGAGGAGAUAGAGGUUUUGAGAAAAGAAAUCAAUGAAAUUCUGGUAAAGGAAGAAGUGAUGUGGAGCCAACGGUCAAGAGCUUUGUGGAUGAAAUGCGGAGAUCGAAAUACUAAAUUCUUCCACGCAACGGCAACACAGAGACAAAGGAAAAACAGAAUUGAAGGCCUUUGGGGAGCAGAUGGGAUGUGGCAAGAAGAGAAAGAAAGGGUUGAGGAAAUCAUCUUGGGGUAUUUUGAAAAAAUUUAUAGUACAGAGCAUACUAGUGAGUAUGAAGUAAAUGUUGAAGAUGUGGAAAGGUGCAUUACACCGGAAAUGAACAAGAUUUUACUCGAGAACUUUCGAGCGGAGGAAGUCAGAUAUGCUCUCAACCAGAUGCAUCCGACAAAAUCGCCCGGCCCCGACGGUAUGUCCCCUCUUUUCUAUCAGAAAUAUUGGGAGAUAGUAGGUCCUUAUGUGACAAAAUGUGCUUUAGACAUUCUAAAUUCUGGUAGCUUACCUUGUGUGCUGAAUGAGACUUAUAUAUGCUUAAUCCCAACAGUGCAGUGUCCUCAGAAAAUUACGGAGUUUAGGCCGAUAAGCCUUUGCAAUGUAAUUUAUAAGAUAGUGUCCAAAGUGCUAGCAAAUAGGUUGAAAAAAAUUCUGCCAAAGGUUAUAGGAGAAGCUCAGAGUGCUUUUGUUCCCGGGAGACAGAUUACUGACAAUGUUUUUGUAGCUUUCGAGACUAUGCACAGAAUAAAAUCUAGAAGGAAAGGAAAAACAGGUUUAAUGGCUGUCAAGCUUGACAUGAGCAAGGCGUACGAUAGAGUCGAGUGGAAGUAUCUUGAAGGGGUGAUGAGAAAAAUGGGCUUUCAGGAAAAGUGGAUACAACUUUUCAUGAUGUGCGUGAGAACAGUGUCUUACUCAGUUCUUAUUAAUGGAGAACCGAGAGGACGAAUCAUCCCUACUAGGGGUCUGCGACAAGGGGACCCUAUCUCUCCCUAUCUCUUUUUGUUAUGCGUGGAAGGGCUUUCAGCCAUGUUUCAAAGGGAAGUUAGAUUGGAGAGGAUCAAAGGGGUGUCGGUGUGUCGGGGUGCACCCCAAAUCUCCCACUUAUUCUUCGCCGAUGAUAGCAUAAUUUUUUGCAAAGCAACCUUGGAGGAGGCCAAUCGGGUGAGCCAAGUGUUAAAGGAUUAUGAGAGGGAGUCGGGGCAAAAACUAAAUAAAGAGAAAACAUCUCUCUUUUUUAGCAAGAACACGAGGAGCGAAGUGAUGGAAGGGGUUAAGGAACUAUUUGGGGCGCAAAUAAUUAGACAACAUGAGAAAUACCUUGGAUUGCCGCCUAUGGUGGGAAGGGGAAAAAAGAAAGCUUUCAACCGAAUAAAAGACCAAGUGGGAAGAAGAAUAGCCGGGUGGAAAGGCAAGUUGCUUUCGAAGGCAGGUAAAGAAAUCCUCAUUAAGGCAGUGGCACAAGCCACCCCAACGUACACGAUGAGUUGCUUUAAGAUCCCGGAUGCUUUGUGCAAGGAGCUAAACUCCAUGGUCAGAAACUUUUGGUGGGGGCAGAAGGAAAAUGAAAGAAAGAUGGCUUGGAUUUCGUGGGAAAAGAUGUGCCAAAGGAAAGCGGAGGGAGGGCUAGGCUUUAGAGACCUCAAGGCCUUUAACUUAGCGCUUCUAGCCAAACAAGGGUGGAGAAUUAUCCAGAACCCAGAUUCGCUGCUGCAUAGAGUUCUGAAGGCAAAAUAUUUUAAAAGUACAAGUUUUUUGGAAGCUCAAGUAGGGAACAACCCCUCUUAUACGUGGCGAAGUCUGAUGGAAGCCAAAAGUGUUGUGGAGAGAGGAAUGAGGUGGAGCAUCGGUAAUGGGCGGAGCGUAGACAUUUGGAGGGAUAGAUGGCUUCCUACCCCUAAUUCCUUUAAGGUAAUUAGCCCAAGGAGUCAGGUGUCUUCAGUGGAAAGGGUGGAGCAUUUGCUGGACAGCGACAAAAGAGCUUGGGACAUCAGUAAGGUGCGAAGUAUUUUCCUUCCUUUUGAAGCAGAGACUGUUUUGGGAAUCCCGAUUAGCCCAAGCCUUCCAAAUGAUUCUAGGAUUUGGGCAUGGACAAGCAAUGGGAUUUUGACCGUUAGAAGCGCGUAUGGGGUAGCGCUAAAAAUGGUAAAGGAUAACAAGGAGAAAGAAGACAAGGGAGAGUGCUCGGAUCCCUCAAAAAUGGAUGAGGUUUGGAAGUCCAUUUGGAGGCUCGAAUGUCCAGGAAAAAUUAAACAUUUCCUAUGGAGGGCCUGCAGAAACAUUCUGCCCACCAAUUUCUGCCUAGCUAGAAGAAAGGUGUCAAAAUGGGAUGGUUGUGCUUGGUGUGGUGAGACGGAAUCUUCAAGCCAUGUGUUAUGGGAUUGUAAGGCUGCUGCUGAAGUCUGGAAGGAAUCGGGUCUCAAUUUGCCUAGGUGGAAGAAUGAUCAUAGGGAUUUCAUUGAGGUUUUUUGGAAGCUAAAAGAGGAAGCAAAAAAUAUAGAUUGGGUCGUGUUUGCAACGACGGCUUGGAGCAUAUGGAGUAACAGAAAUCGUUACAAGCACGAGGGGAAGUUCAAGCCGGGGAAGAUGGUAGUCAAGGAGGUGACCAGAUAUGUAGAGGAGUUUCGUCAAGGCUUCACUUCAAACUUAACCACUUCCAAGCAGCCCCCUAGGCGUGAUUCCCAAUGGAGACCCCCAGAUGCUGGACAGUAUAAGGUAAAUGUUGAUGCAGCAGUGUUUAAGGAGGCAGGUAGUUGUGGAGUGGGGGUGGUAGUAAGAAAUGAAGAAGGAUGCUUGAUGGGGGCCAUGAGCAGAAAGCUUCCUUUUCCCUUGGGGCCUUUAGAAGCAGAGGCAAGGGCAGCGGAGGAGGGGAUUGUGUUUGCAAGGGACCUUGGCCUUAAUGAAGUGGUCAUCGAAGGAGACGCAAAGACGGUCAUGACUGCACUGGCAAACUCAGAUUUUCUGCAUACCCCAUCCUCAAUUCAGAAAGUAAUGGAAGGGGCGAAGUUCAGGCUGCAGGCGUUCAAGUCAUGGCAGUCCAAACAUGUUCACAGAAGCUGUAAUGUAGCAGCUCAUAUGCUUGCAAAGCAUGCUUGUAAUGUUAUAGAUAGUUUAAUUUGGGUGGAGGAUACUCCCCCAAUGAUUUCAGCUCAGAUCAGUAUGGAUGUAGCAAAUUUGGGUUUAUCCCUCAAUUAA